ACUGUUUUCGAAGGCCUGUGACGUGACUAGCCAGCGUGCUAAUCCAACAGUCGGACCGUUAGGCCGAUUUUCCUAAUUUAUCAACUCUUGAUAGCUGUUUUUAUCCAUUUAAACGCCACCUGAAUCGGGGUCGGUCAGACUCGGACCCAGGAUGUCAUUCCCACCUCAUUUAAACCGGCCACUGUUGCCUCCUCCUGGGAUGCCCCCUCAGUUUGCUGGCUUCCCCACAGCCGACAUCUGGCGACCCUCUGGAGGGGCCCUACAAUUAGGAACUCCAAUGAUCCCAGUUCACAUGGGUAUCAUGACUCCUACGCCCACAGUAAUGGUGUCUUCGCUGCCAGUGCUUAGUAAGCCUGCAAUGCCGAGGAAGGACAUUGUUGCUGUGCGAGCCAAAGACAAUGAUGACAGUGGCCCCACCACCACAGUGUUUGUGGGGAACAUUUCAGAGAAAGCUUCAGACAUGCUGAUCAGACAGCUGCUGGCGAAAUGUGGAAUUGUCCUAAGCUGGAAGAGAGUCCAGGGAGCCUCUGGCAAGCUUCAAGCCUUUGGGUUUUGCGAGUACAAGGAACCAGAGUCCACAUUGCGAGCCUUGAGGCUGCUUCACGAACUGCAGAUUGGAGAAAAAAAUCUGCUGGUGAAGGUGGAUGCCAAGACGAAAGCACAACUCGACGAGUGGAAGGCUAAGAAGAGGACUGAAAAUGGGAAAGGGAAGGCUGAAGAUGGAGGAGGAGAUGAUGAGGAAGAAGUUCUCGACGAGGAAACUCAGAAGAAGGAUCAGAUUAUCAAAGGUGCCAUCGAUGGAUUAAUGCGGGAAUAUGCUGCAGAGCUCAAUGCGCCUUCACAGGACGAGGAUUCCCAGCGACGAAAGAGAAAAAAGGAUAAAAAAGAAGAGGAUGACAUAAACACUAUUGAUAUAGAAGAAGACAAGAGAGACCUGAUUUCCAGAGAGAUUAGUAAAUUUCGUGACACUCACAAGCACACUGAUCUGAAGACUGGCAAGAAACUGGAAGAGGAGAAGGACAAACGGGAGAAAGAGCGGCUGGAAUUUGAGCGGGAAAGGCGGGAGCGGGAAAAAGAGCGGGAGCGGGAAAGAGAGCGGCGGGACCGCGAGAGGGAGAAGGAACGGGAGAGGGAACGGGAAAGGGAAAGGGAACGAGAGCGAGAGAGAGACCGCGACAAAGACCGCGACCGCCGGACCAGAGACAGAGACCGAGACAGAGACUGGGACAGGGACAGAAGCCGGGACAGGAGCCCCGAGCGCAGCCGAUCCAGGGAGGUGAGUCGAGAUCGUGACAGAGAAAAGAAGCGAGACCAAGAGGACGAAGAGGAGGCGUAUGAACGCAGGAAACUAGAGAGGAAACUCCGAGACAAAGAAGCAGCCUAUCAGGAGCGCCUAAAAAACUGGGAGCUCAGGGAGAGGAAGAAAGCACGGGAUUAUGCCAAAGAGGGUGAGAGGGAAGACGAACGCCGGCGAGAGAUGGUAAAAGAGGGCAAACGGCUGAAAGAGUUUCUUGAAGAUUAUGAUGAUGACAGAGAUGACCCCAAGUACUACAGGGGCAGUGCGCUGCAGAAGCGUCUCAGAGACCGAGAGAAGGAGAUGGAGGCGGACGAGCGUGACAGGAAGAGAGAGAAGGAGGAGCUGGAGGAGAUCAGACAGAGGCUGUUAGACGAGGGACACCCAGACCCAGACGCAGAGCUGCGCAGGAUGGAGGAGGAAGAGGCGGAGCGUCUGAGACAACCUCCCAUCAUCCAAGAGCCAGAGCCCGAGGAGGAACGGGCGCGCCACAGGAGUUCACGAGAUCACCGGGACCGCCGAGGAGAACAGGAAAGAGCAGAACCCCGCCACCGCCACGCCCCCUCAGACGACGAGGUGGAGGAAGGCGAGGAUGAAGACUUCGACAACGACGAAGAUAACCCAAACGCAAAACCGUGCCUCAAGCCCACAAUGCGGCCCAUCACAGCAGCGCCGUCCGUGUCGUCGGCCAGCGGCAACGUAUCCCCCAACACGCCCGGAAACGAGUCGCCAGUCGGCAUCAUCAUCCCCCACGAGAACUCGCCACCUGAAGCACUGCCUCAGGAGGAGAACCGGCCCAAGAUCGGCCUCAGCCUCAAACUGGGUGCCACAGGAAGCCCCAGUCAACCCAAUGUAGGCAAGAGGAAGAAGCUGCCCGUGGACAGCGUCUUCAACAAGUUUGAUGACGAGGAGGCGGACGAGCAGCCACGCAAGAGGAAGCUGGUGCCCCUGGAUUACGACGACGACAAGAGCCCGGGAGUGGACGGGGCCGUGCUCAGUAACAUAAAGGGAGCCAACAGCGAGGAGAAACGCAAACACAUCAAGAGCCUGAUAGAGAAGAUUCCCACAGCGAAACCAGAUCUGUUCUCCUACCCGCUGGACUGGUCUAUGGUGGACACGACGUUAAUGGAACGACGCGUCCGUCCCUGGAUCAAUAAAAAGAUCAUUGAGUACAUCGGAGAGGAAGAGCCGACGUUAGUGGACUUUGUCUGCUCCAAGGUGAUGGCUCACGGUACACCACAGGGUAUUUUGGAUGAUGUUGCUAUGGUUCUUGAUGAAGAAGCUGAAGUCUUUAUAGUGAAGAUGUGGAGGUUGCUCAUUUACGAAACAGAGGCCAAGAAGAUUGGACUGGUGAAAUAAGCAAAACAACCACUAAAAUGAAGAUCAACCGUUUUUUUUUUGUUUUUUUUUCAUAUUGUGUACAAUAGUGUAGUGUAAUUAUGUCACCCCAAACAAAGCGACUUGUAAACGCUCAUUCUUACAUUUGCACCAGUUGUUCAGGUCAUUUCUGUUGUUCUCUCAACAUACUCAGGCCACAUUCACCUCCCCUCUCUGUCAGGUGCUGACUGUGUCUGUGUGCUUUAGUGUAUAUGCAGUACGUCACUAUUUGACUAAGAUGAAAUAAUUCUGACGGGACGCUGCUGACAGACACCCAGGACCAUUACUGUGUUACAAGAUAAGGUCUCUCUGUCUUCUACUUUUACUUCUGUACAUGCAAACUUGUUUUUUUUUGUUGUGGGAAUUCAGUUUACCAGUUUCAUGAACAUUUCUUUCAAAUCUUUAAGGGAGAUUGAAGUUUGUUUGUCCCCCCCCCCCCCCAAAUCUGGACCCUAGUUUCCUUUCCAUUUUCAUUUUGUGUUUGUAAGUGACAAACAGGGACAAAAUGUGUUUGGAAUUGGACCAGUACUGCGUGAGAUUGCUUCAGCCAGCAGCCUAAUGUCUGACAAUGAAAGUAAACACAGGAACCAGCUGACUGUUAGCAGCAUUGCAGCUAACUUGGCUAUGGUACUGCAUCCAGAGAAGUUUGCAAGUGUCCAAAUUACAGAGAUAAAAUGAGUAGAUCCAAACUGAACUAACGCUGGACGAUAAAGACUUCCAUACUGUAAUUCCUCAGUCGCAUGUUGAAAUCACUUUUUUUUUUCUUACCGUGUUGAGCUGAGUUUUUGAUCUAGCCGGCCAUGCUCUUUUUCUUCCAGUUGGUUUUGUGGAGAUAGAACAGUCUCCACAAUGACAAUGUUGAUAAACGCUGUAAAUCCACUUGCAGUAUUUACACAGCUGGGAUUACUCUCAUCCGUGGACAUUUGUAGGCUUUCAGUAUCCGGCAGCAACAGGUCCCACUCUGUAGAAAAGAUUUUCCUCUUUUCCGUUACUUUACACCACAAUGCUGCUGUGUUUACUGUCAUUGUCAGACUUACAAUAACUUGAGCCUGUCAGUGGCAAAAACGAGCACUUUUUAGUAGACAAACUUUGAAGGAUGUCAGUACUGGACCUGUUCCAAGAAUUUGACCCCAAAUCACAAGAAAGCAGAAGCCAGGUUGAAACAUACAGGAAUUCCCCUUUUUUAAAAAGGUGUGAAAAUGUAAGUUGGUUAACUGGACAGAGAUUUUAGAAAAUGCAGAACUACAACCAGGAUGUGAUUUUUUUUUUUUUACAGUUACUUAUUCAGGGUUUUGGACACAACUCAAGUUAACAGAUUCUCCAUUUUUUUUCUGAUCACAUUCCUGAUAAACGUGUUGGCAUGUUCUCAUCAUCAGGCCAUCUCAUAAUGCACCUUGUGGUCAUUUGAAACGUGUCGACUGACAAAACCCACAGAAUAUCUCGGGUGGCGACAUCCCUGCAGCUAUAAAAAGCACACACACGUCAUAACCACUAUAUAGGAAAAUGAGCUGAGAACAGUGGGGGAAAUAAAGAUUUGCAGCUGUGAAGAUGCUCUCCAUUUGUUUUGUAUUGGUGAAACAUUUGAAUAAAAUUGAUUUUUAUACAU